AUGGCUGCCACCGGAGUUCUCCCCUUCAUCCGGGGGGUCGACUUGAGUGGAAACGAUUUUAAAGGGGGCUACUUUCCUGAGCAUGUCAAAUCUAUGUCCAGCCUCCGAUGGCUGAAACUCAACAGAACUGGGCUUUGCUAUCUUCCAGAGGAACUGUCAUCCCUCCAGAAAUUAGAACAUUUGUCAGUGAGCCACAACAGUCUCACAACGCUACAUGGAGAGCUGUCAAGCCUUCCCAACCUAAGGGCAGUUGUGGCCAGAGCAAACAACCUUAAGAACUCAGGAGUUCCAGAUGAUAUCUUUCAGCUGGAUGACCUCUCAGUGCUGGACCUGAGCUUCAACCAGCUAACUGAAAUCCCAAGGGACUUGGAGAAUUCCAGAAAUAUGUUGGUCCUUAACCUUAGCCAUAACAGCAUUGAUAACAUACCAAAUCAGUUGUUCAUUAACUUAACCGAUCUGCUGUACCUGGACCUGAGUGACAACAAGCUGGAUAGCCUGCCCCCACAGAUGAGACGUUUGGUACAUUUGCAGACCCUCAUUCUCAACAAUAAUCCUCUCAUGCAUGCACAGUUAAGGCAGUUGCCCGCAAUGGUAGCCCUCCAGACACUCCAUUUAAGGAACACGCAGCGUACUCAAAGCAACAUGCCGACAAGUCUUGAGGGACUCACUAAUUUAGCAGAUGUGGAUCUCUCCUGCAAUGAUCUCACUCGGGUGCCAGAAUGCCUGUAUUCUUUGGCCAAUUUAAAACGCCUUAAUCUGAGUAGCAAUCAGGUCUCAGAGCUGUCACUGUGCAUAGACCAGUGGAUCCAGCUGGAGACUCUGAACCUGUCCAGGAAUCAGCUCACAUCCUUGCCUUCUGCAGUUUGCAAGUUAUCCAAACUGAAGAAGCUGUAUUUGAACUCAAACAAGCUUGACUUUGAUGGAGUGCCAUCUGGUGUCGGGAAGCUUUCCAACCUGGUGGAGUUUAUGGCAGCCAACAAUAAUCUGGAGCUGAUUCCAGAGGGGCUCUGCAGGUGUGGGAAAUUGAAGAAACUGGUGUUGAACAAAAACCGUCUUGUAACUUUACCAGAGGCCAUCCAUUUCCUCACUGAUUUAGAAGUUUUAGAUGUUCGAGAAAAUCCAAACCUGGUUAUGCCCCCAAAGCCUGUUGACAGGGCAGCCGAGUGGUACAACAUAGACUUCUCUUUGCAGAACCAGUUGCGAUUAGCGGGCGCAUCACCAGCCACUGUGGCUGCAGCUGGUGGAGGCAAUAGUCCAAGAGAUCCAAUGGCCAGGAAGAUGAGGUUAAGGCGACGAAAGGAUUCCUCACAGGAUGACCAGGCUAAGCAGGUUCUGAAAGGCAUGUCUGAUGUGGCACAGGAGAAGAACAAAUCCAUUGAGGAGAAUGGUGAUAUGAAGUACUCUGACCUGAAGUCCAAGCGAUGGGACAAGAACCUUGAGAAGCCUCCACUUAACUAUUCAGAGUUUUUUACUGAAGAUGUGGGGCAUAUUCCUGGAGUCACUGUGUGGCAGAUAGAAAACUUCUUGCCUGUGCAAGUGGAAGAGGCUUUCCAUGGAAAGUUCUACGAGGCGGACUGUUACAUUGUCCUGAAGACUUUUCUAGAUGACAAUGGAGCUCUGAACUGGCAGAUCUAUUACUGGAUUGGUCAAGAAGCCACCUUGGAUAAGAAAGCAGGCUCUGCUAUUCAUUCUGUCAAUCUUCGCAAUUACCUGGGUGCUGAGUGUAGGACUAUUAGAGAGGAAAUGGGAGAUGAAAGUGAAGAAUUUAGUGCCGUAUUUGACAAUGAAAUCUCCUACAUUGAAGGAGGAAGUGCUAGCGGAUUCUACACUGUGGAGGAUACACAAUACCCAACAAGACUUUACCGUGUGUAUGGAAAGAAGAACAUUCGGAUGGAAUCUGUGCCUUUGAAGGCAGCUUCCCUUGAUCCACGAUUUGUGUUCUUGCUGGAUAAUGGUCUUGAAAUAUAUGUGUGGAGGGGAGCCAAUGCCACACUAAGUGGUACUACAAAAGCCAGGCUAUUUGCAGAGAAGAUAAACAAGAAUGAGAGGAAAGGCAAAGCCGAGAUCACUUCAUUGAUGCAGAAUCAGGAGCCUCCAGAAUUUUGGGAAAUUCUUGGGGGGCAGCCUGAGGAAAUCAAGAAACACGUUCCAGAUGACUUCUCUCCUGUUCGGCCUAAGCUCUACAAGGUCGGCCUGGGUUUGGGAUAUCUUGAACUUCCUCAGAUCAAUUACAAGCUUUCGGUUGAACACAAGGACAAGCUCAAACUUGAUGUGCUUCCAGAGCGCAGACUGCUCCAAAGCCUUCUGGACACUAAAGGUGUAUAUAUACUUGACUGCUGGUCUGAAGUCUUCAUUUGGAUUGGACGCAAGUCUCCUCGCCUUGUAAGGGCAGCUGCCCUGAAACUGGGCCAGGAGCUGUGCAGUAUGCUCCAUCGACCAAAACACGCUUUGGUCAUCCGCAACCUGGAGGGCACAGAAUGCCAGGUCUUUAAAUCCAGAUUCAAGAACUGGGAUGAUGUGUUGAGGGUGGACUACACCAGAAAUGCAGAGAGUGUGCAGCAGACAGAUGGCCUUUCUGGAAAGGUGAAGAAGGAUGCUGAGCAGAAGGACCAGAUGAAGGCUGACUUGACUGCUCUGUUCCUGCCAAGGCAGCCUCCCAUGCCCCUGUCGGAGGCUGAGCAAAUGAUGGAGGAGUGGAAUGAGGACCUGGAUGGCAUGGAGGGAUUUGUUUUGGAGGGGAAGAAGUUUGCCCGACUGCCAGAGGAAGAGUUCGGCCACUUCCACACACAGGACUGCUAUGUGUUCCUCUGCCGGUACUGGGUGCCUGUGGAGUAUGAAGAGGAUAAGGAAAAAGAGAAAGUGAAAGAUGAGGAAGGAGAGGAUGAGGACAAACAGCCUGAAGAAGACUUCCAGUGUGUGGUUUACUUCUGGCAAGGUCGUGAAGCUUCCAACAUGGGUUGGCUUACGUUCACAUUCAGCUUGCAAAAGAAGUUUGAGAGCCUUUUUCCUGGCAAACUGGAGGUUGUUAGGAUGACCCAGCAGCAGGAGAACCUCAAGUUUUUGUCACACUUCAAGAGAAAGUUUAUCAUUCACAAAGGGAAGAGGAAGCUUAAAGUGGACAACGUGCAGCCUAGCCUGUACCAUAUCCGGACAAAUGGCAGUGCUCUCUGCACCAGGACCAUCCAGAUUCUCACUGAUUCCAGUAACCUCAACUCUGAGUUCUGUUUCAUACUGAAGGUGCCAUUUGAGAGUACAGACAAUCAGGGUAUCGUGUAUACUUGGGUUGGCAGAGCUGCAGACCCAGAUGAAGCUAAACUGGCAGAGGACAUUAUGAACUCUAUGUUUGAUGACACCUACAGCAAGCAGGUGAUAAAUGAGGGAGAAGAACCAGAAAACUUCUUCUGGGUUGGCAUUGGCUCACAGAAACCAUAUGAUGAAGAUGCAGAGUACAUGAAAUAUGCCAGGCUUUUCAGGUGCUCCAAUGAGAAGGGCUACUUUUCUGUAUCAGAGAAAUGCUCCGACUUCUGCCAAGAUGAUUUGGCUGAUGAUGACAUCAUGCUCCUGGACAAUGGCAAAGAAGUAUACAUGUGGGUUGGCACCCAGACAAGUCAGGUGGAGAUCAAACUGAGUCUGAAGGCUUGUCAGGUCUACAUUCAGCAUAUGAGGUCCAAGGAUGCUGAGAACCCAAGAAAGCUGCGCCUGGUGCGCAAAGGAAACGAACCUCAUUGCUUUACUCGCUGUUUCCACGCCUGGAGCACCUUCAGGACAGCCCCUGCAUAGACGAUUCAGGCACAACAGAAUCUAUAUACACAAUAGAGCAUCACUACCCAGAUACUCUACGUCACCCUUGAGAAGCCGUCUAUUCCUUAUGUGCACUGCAAUUAUGGUAACACUUUCUUUGAGAAACUCGUAUAUAGAUAUAUGAAUGUUUACCUGUUUGAACAGUUGUUUCAAAAUUUUAUAUUUAUGUGUAAGGUUGAAAGAAGAGGAAGACUUCUAGAAAUUAUACUAAACCUGUUAUGAGUUACCUCAUAAAACAAGUUGCUGUAUUCUUUGAGGGAUAAACAUAUCUGAGGAAGAUUGCUAUGUGAGUUUGAGUUUAAAUCACUUGGCAGGAUGCUUACUACAAAGUAGGGUUCUGGGGUUAAUGUUCAGUUUAUAGUGGUCAUUAACUCAGAGCAGCUUUAUAGAGCUGAAGUGGAUACUGCAUUAAGAUGAACCCAAAGUUAGUUUGUUAACACAUUAAUCUACCAUAACUGUAUCAAACGCAUUCACAGAUGUUCUGUUUUAGUUACCUCUUUGCAAACAAAUGCAAAGAGGUACAAUAUCUAUUUUUGAGAACUUGUGUUAUUGGAAUACAGAAACUAAGGGGACUUUGCACACAUUCAUACUUUGACAUUUAUUUUUGUUUGGGCUCUUUAUAUCAAUGAUAUGAAUAAUGCAUUUAACAUUGCUCUGCAGAUCUACACUGAACACAGAGGCGUGUUUAUUGCCUAUAAUUUCUGCCACUUUAAAGCACAAGCUGAGCUUAUUCUUCAGAUAAGAGCUGGUGCCAUAGACAGCACAUUGCAUGUUAGAAUUUUUUUUUGGGUAUGCAUGCAAGCGCUGUCCCUUUCCAAUCUGUCUGUUUCAUCUGCUGCUUAAUGCUUCACUAUUGGGAUGGUGAUCAGCACUGCUAAAAGGACACACUUAACUCGGGAUGUUUUAGGAGAAAUGCUAUCUGCAUCAUAUCAUGAUUAGUGUUUUUGCUCUCUCACUGUUCGCUGCCCUCGAACUGCCCAACACGUGGUUUUGCAAAAAAAAUGUUUUAAGGAAUGUGCCUAGUGUGGGUACGUAGUGGCAGUAAGCUGUAGAACCUAGUGACUGAGCAGUCAUGGUCCUUUUUAUGGACUGUUUGAACUCUCUGAAUGUUAAAUAUAAUGCGUUCCACUUGGACAGGGAAAUGCAUAACAAAGGAUAAAAAAGUCAGUUGUGUUUUAUCAUGUUUCAGAUCUCCGGUCAUUAUCAUAAAGGGAUUGGGAGAUGCAAUUGCAUAUCUUUUGGCAGCUUACUGCCCUAUUUUGUCUAGCAGUUUUUCAAUGUCGCUUCAUCUUGUUUGUGUCCAUAAAGAUGUUUGUAUGUGUACAAAUAUUUUCUGCCUCCGAACCCACCUACAGAUGCUCUAUUUAUGUAUUUUGUAUGAAAAUAAAAGUUCCAUCACAACUCUA